AUGCCUGGAUUGGAUAGAGGACUGGUGGAGCACAAGUUCCCAAUAAAAGAAGGAUACCUACCAGUCAAGCAGGCCAGAAGAAGGAUGUUUAUGGAGACAGAACUAAAAGUCAUAGAAGAAGUGGAAAGGCUGGUUAAAGCAGGGGCAGUCAGAAUCUGCGUGGGCUACAGAAAUCUGAAUGAAGCAUCGCCCAAAGACGAGUAUCAUAUGCCUAUGGCAGACAUGCUGGUGGACAGAGCUGCUCAUAACCAAAUGCUAUCAUUCAUGGAUGGCAAUGCAGGAUACAAUCAUAUAAUGGUGGCAGAAGAAGACAUCCACAAGAUAGCCUUCAUGUGUAUAGGGCAUAUAGGAGCCACUUAUCAAAGGGCAAUGAAUUCUGUUUUCCAUGACAUGAUAGGUCAUUCUCUAGAAGUUUAUAUAGAUGAUGUGGUGAUCAAGUCUCCAAAAAAAGGAGACCAUGUAUCCAAUCUAAAGAAAGCAUUCCUAAGAAUGAGACAGCACAAGUUGAAAAUGAAUCCCAAGAAAUGCGUUUUUGGAGUUCACGCUGGAAUAAGAAAGAAUUACAAAGCCUCUUAG